AUGUGGAUGCACCCAAUAUUCACAGAUAAACAAAGAUUAUCGCAGGGUGCCUGUAACAAUUUAGUCAAAGAAAUGCAAUUAGUCGAUCAUGAAAUGUUUUACAAUUAUUGUAGAAUGUCCUCAGAAAUGUUCGACCAGUUAUUACAUAUUGUUGGUCCACGUAUUGAAAAACGUUAUGUCAUUCGAGAUCCAAUACCAGUCCGUACUCGCCUUCUAAUAUGCCUACGUUAUUUAGCUUCUGGAAACAGUAUGACUUCAAUAGCUUAUUCUUUUCGAAUUGGAAUUAAUACUGCCUCAAAAAUCAUUUCUGAAACAUGUGAGGAAUUAUGGAAUAUUCUCCAUAAUUUAGUUUUUCCUGAAAUAAACAAAGAGAAUUGGAUAAAAAUCGCAAGUGAUUUUGUGAAAAAAUGGAACUUUUCGCAUUGCAUAGGUGCGAUAGACAGGAAACAUAUACAAAUUCAAGCACCUCCUCACAGCGGCUCAACUUUCUUUAAUUACAAGGGUUGUCAUAGCAUUAAUUUACUAGCAAGUUGUGAAUGCUAAUUAUUGUUUCACAUUACUUGAUAUUGGUGCGGAAGGCAGACAGAGUGACGGCGGGAUCUUUGCACAUUCACUCUUCGGUCAGCGAUUUGAAAGAAAUCAGAUGAAUUUACCACAACCAAGACCAAUUGAAACUUCUGUGCCUGCAUUACCGUUUGUAUUAGUAGGGGAUAAGGCAUUCGCUUUGACUCCUUACAUGAA